AUGAAUGAUACUUAUGUGAAGGAUGUAAAUACAGAACAUAAUUUUUUUUCUUCUUAUAAAAAUGAUUGCAAAAAUGCAAUGUCAAUAAAUAUUACUAAAAAUAAUAUUACAUAUAUUUUUACCACCGCUUUACAACAUAAUGGAGGAUAUCAACAAUAUAACAUAUGGAAUAAUCAAUUAAAAAGCAAUUUUUAUGAAAUUCAAAAAAAAUUUAAAGAUUUACUUAAAAAUGCACUUAAAGGAUUAGGAGAAGAAAUAAAUUCACUAGUUUAUCCUGAAAAUGUAAUAAUGGAAGUAAAAAAAAUAUUUACAGAAGGAAAUGAUGCAUACCAUCGUACAAAAAGUCUAAUUGAAGAAAAUUUUAGAUUAGAAAAUUUGUCACAUAAAUAUAAAAAUAAAAGAAUUUCUGAUAUUACAAGUGAACUCACUGAAUUAUAUGCUAGGGCAUUAGCACAUAAUAUUAAUUUGAAAGAUAAAUUUAAUUCAUUUAAUACAAAAUAUAAGUCUAUUGAAUCUAAUAUAAAUAGUGUAGAAUUAGCAAAAAGAGAAUUACUACUAGAAGAGAGUAAACUAACAGAUAUUACGUAUGAUAUUUUGGCAAAAAAAAAAGAUAUUGAAGAUAUCAUAGGGUCAGCAAAUAAUGAACUUGCUUUAUUAAAAAGUGAUUAUGAUGAAUUAAUGACAUUAGUAAGUGAAAUUCAAAGUUCAAAAGAAAAUAUUCAAGCAAAAAUAGAUAAUCUACAAGAAUUAAAAAGGCAGGAAGAUGAAGAUAGCCAAAAGAGCAUAGAAGAGAUAAGAAAAUACUUAGAAGAAAUAAAAAAAAAAAUUAGUAGUUUAAAGAUAAUUAUAGAUUUUAAAGGAAGUGCAAAAAAGGAUCUUGAAACCAUUGAAAAAUUUAUAGGUAUCAUGGAUACUCAAGUGACACCUAUAACAAGUAAAAUUGUGAAAUUUAAGAAGGAUAUAAUAACCAAUUCGAUUAGAAAUUUAUACAUUAAAAUGAAAGAUUCAUUUGAAACUUUUACUAGCAAAAUGAAUUCAUUAUUUGAAUAUAUAAGUGAAUAUGAACAGGAUAAAAAGAAAUUUGAAAAAUAUGAAGGUGAUAUAACAAAAAGAAAAAGUGAAUUUUUUCACCAAAAUAUAGAGAAGGAUAGUGAGAGACCGGAAGAAAAUAGUAUAUACCAGAAUACAUUAAAUCCCGAAAGUGUCAAUUUGGAUAAAAAAAGUAAAAUAGAAGAACAUAUUAGUGAUAGUAAAAAGAUCAUGGGCAUCAUUAAAGAUCUAUUAGAAUUAUAUGAAAAAGUAGAAGAAUAUUUUGAUAUGUCCCAAGAUACUCAAUCUGUAAAUGGUCUUAGAAAUUUAAAAGAUUGCAUUAAUCAAGAAGAUAUAGAUAGUAUAUUAACAGAUUAUGAGAGGAGGUUUAAUAGUGCAACAGAUUCGAUAAAUAAUAGGCAUGUGGAAGGAUACUCAAGCAAUGUAUCAACUGAAGAAGCUAACUUUAAAAACAUUACAGAUAAAAUUGGCAAAACAAAAUUAUCAGUUGAGUUAUUAAAUAUAGAAGUUGAUAGUGCAACUCGUAUCCAAAAUGAGGAAAUUUUAGAUAUAGUUUAUAAUUUUAUUAUUAAAUUACACCAGAAAAUAUGUGAUGAUGCACAAAGAAAAAUAGAAAUUAUAGAAGAAACAGAAGGAAAUCUAGAAAGUUAUAAUUUUGAAAGUAAUACAGAAAAAGUUCAAAAAGAAAAUAAUAGAGAGAAUCUAAAUACGAUAACACAAAAAAUUAGAGAUUUUAUGGAUAUAGUUAGGGCACAUAAAAGUAAAAUUAAAGAUAUAAAAGAAGAAUCUCAAAAAGAAUUUGAAGAAUCUAAUAGUAUAAAGAAUGAUGGGAAAAAUUCAAGUGAGAAAAAAAACAAUAUGAAAGAAAUUUAUGAAAAGAUGAAAAAAAUAUUAGAAAAAUUGCAGAAAGAAAUAGAACAGUUA